CAGCCUUUCUUUGGCGCUUUUUGACAUCGACAGCAACAGUACAACAGAGAGCACCGUUUCUCUGGUGUGAUCCAGUAUCUCUUCCAGCCCACCGCCAGAAAUGCAUCACUCUCAACUCGCCCCGCUGCCAACGGACUUGCCCUUCCGGAUAGUCUCCAGAACUAUCGGUCAAGGCGCCUAUGCUUGCAUCAAGAAAGCCUGUCCCAUCCGCGAAGACAACCCUGUUUUCGCCGUCAAGUUCAUCCACAAGGAAUAUGCCGCUCGCCAUGGCCGAAUUAGCGCUCGUCAGCUCCAGAUGGAGGUGACGGUCCAUAAGCAUAUUGGCGACCACAACAACAUCAUAUCCUUCUUUCACACGGGCGAAGAUGCCACCUGGAGAUGGAUCGCCAUGGAACUGGCCGAGGGAGGAGAUCUCUUCGACAAGAUCGAAGCAGACGAGGGCGUGGGUGAGGACAUUGCGCACGUCUACUUUUCACAGCUUAUCAGCGCGGUAAGCUAUAUGCACUCUCGCGGGGUUGGACAUCGAGACAUCAAGCCGGAAAAUAUAUUGCUGUCCGAUGACGGCAACCUGAAGAUUGCCGAUUUUGGGCUGGCCACCGUGUUCGAAUACAACGGCAAGACGAAGCUGUGCACCACCCUCUGUGGAAGCCCUCCCUAUAUUGCGCCAGAGGUGAUCACGUGUAGCAACAAGGGCCAGGCCAAGGGUAAAGGAUAUCGUGCGGAUCUGGCCGAUAUCUGGUCUUGUGGAGUAGUCCUCUUUGUCCUGCUGGCCGGUAAUACGCCAUGGGACAGUCCGACGGAGAACAGCUACGAGUUCAGUGAGUACGUUGAGAAAAAUGCGCGGACGACGGACGAACUCUGGAGAAAGCUACCGCCGGCUACCCUGUCGCUGCUGCGAGGGAUGCUCAAAAUCGAUACGGACAGCCGAUUCUCGAUGGAGGACGUUCGGAGACACCCGUGGUUUACCCGUCCUAACAAGUACCUAUCCUCAGACGGUAGACUGAGAGACCCGAUCAACCUGGCCACCACCAUGUUUGAGUCGCUCCAUAUCGACUUUACGCAAGAUCCUCUCGCUGGUUCGCGAAGCGGUACCCAAUCAUCCAGCCAGAUGGAUAUCGAGUCAGCAAACGAUAUCGAAGCCAGGCUUUCGUCCACUCAACCGGAGAUGCCAGCAGGGGAUAUGCUGAUGGAGUGGGAUGCUCCCUCGAACUUCGCCGCUAAUGGCAUGUCUUCAACCCAGCCGAUGACCAUGUCCUCUACGCAGAGUUUCCUCAUGGCUGAUCGUCUCGAAGAUGAGCCGUCGAUGUCCCAGUUCAGCCAGCACCCAUCAGUGCCGCUGAGUCGCACCCAGAAGGCCCAGAAGUUCCGAGACAUCGUUCCAUCACGUCCUAUGACGCGCUUCUUCUCCGCCUGGGCGCUGAAGCUGCUCAUCCCUCUCAUUUGCGAAGCUCUCCACCGGCUUGGGGUUCCCGUGCCUUCCAUCCCCAGCGUGUCUGCCGAAGACAGCUCUGCCGCAAUCCGGGUGGCCACCAAAGACCAGCGGAUGUGUGUGCUGCAGGGCAAGAUCGUCAUCGAGUAUGUCUCGGAGGGAUUGUUCGAGGUCGAAUUCCUGAAAGUCAAAGGUGAUCCGCUGGAAUGGAGAAGAUUUUUCAAGAAAGUGGCUAUUUGCUGCCAGGAUGCGAUCUAUAAACCCGAUAGUUGAGACUGGUGUUCUGGUUCUAUUUGUCAGUCAUUUACUAAAUUGGAGGGCUUAUGUACGAUAUAUGAUGGAGAGACGGCUGUACGACCUGUAUUUACGAGAUUCAAUGUGGACCGCUUGUACCGCUCUACAAUAUAGCUAUAAUAAUUGGUUCUAGAACAAUUAACUAACAACUGGUUCGUUG